CGAAGUACAAAAUGUAUUUUCUGUAUUUCUAAACAUUCCGAAAACGAAAGCGUACCAGACCGCAUCUCACUAUGGCCAGUUUAAAACGCCAGAAGUCAUUCAGCCAUAAUAAUGAAUAUAAAGAAGACGAUAGAAGUAACAAAAUGGGAAGAAGCAUGAGUGUUGGUGCUUCAAGUGCCUCAAAUGGAUAUGUAAAAAAGCAAAUACAGAAGCAGAAAUCGGAAGCUAAGUUGGAGAGAAAACUGAAUUUAUUUAACAAAUUAAAAAGUGUGCAUCACACCAGUCCUUCCUUAUUCUCAAGUUCUUCCGGAUUUGAUAACUACAGAGGAGUUAUAAAUUUAUGCCUGCUUUUAUUGGUGUUAUCAAAUUUCCGAGUAGCAUUAAAUAAUGUAUUAAAAUAUGGCGUUUUGGUGGAUCCUCAGGUUAUUUUUCUUUUCAUGGAACAGCCAUACAGUUGGCCAUCAACUACAUUAGUGCUAGCUUCCAAUAUAUUUAUACAAAUUGCCUUUUACGUGGAAAAAAGUCUUGAAAAGGAAAAGAUUUCUGAGCGGACAGGUUUUAUACUUCAUGUGUUUAACCUUGCAUGCAUAAUUGUGAUACCGACUAUUGUGGUUGUAAUUUUCAAACCGCUACCAUGGUUUGCGACUGUCGCUCUAUGUUGGUAUACUUCCAUCUUUUUAAAACUUAUAUCCUAUAUGGCAGUGAAUAGAUGGUGCAGAGAAGAAAAGAUUGUGAAACGUCAAAAAGAUCCAGAUUUAAAACCUGUUGGACCUGUUGUCUAUCCAAAUAAUCUCACACAAGCAGAUAUGUACUAUUUUGUUGUGGCGCCCACAUAUUGCUAUGAACUGAAUUUUCCACGAACAUCAAAAAUAAGAAUUCGAUUCUUAGUGAGGAGAAUAUUGGAAGCACUAUUUCUCAAUGCUUUGAUUCUUGCUCUUGGCCAACAGUGGAUUGUUCCAACUGUCAUACAUUCUUUGAAGCCUUUCCAGGAAUUGGAUUUUCCUCGUUUUUUCGAAAGAAUUAUGAAGUUGGCUAUUCCGAAUCAUUUUCUGUGGUUGAUGUUUUUCUACGCGUAUUUUCACAGUUUUCUCAACAUUGUGUCGGAACUCAUUUAUUUUGGUGAUCGCACGUUUUAUAAAGACUGGUGGAAUUCACCAAACAUCACCUAUUUUUGGCAAAAUUGGAAUAUACCAAUCCACAGAUGGGCAAAAAGACAUGUUUAUGCUCCACUUCUUCGCAAUGGCUACACCAAGAUACAAGCCAGUUUGUUUGUGUUUUUCAUCAGUGCUUUCUUUCACGAGUACAUCGUGAGCAUUCCACUAAGAAUGUUAAAACCCUGGGCUUUCAUGUCAAUGCUUAUGCAAGUUCCACUGGCUGUGAUGACAUCUUACAUGAAGAACCCGUGGGGUAACAUAGUCGUGUGGCUGUCUCUGAUAAUCGGCCAGCCUAUGGCCAUUAUGAUGUAUUACCAUGACUACCUGGUUGUGCAUAAUUUGCCGAACUAAAGGAACAUUCUGGGAUUUAUUCAUUUCCAGCGCGUGGUAACUGGAAGAGAAUAACAUGCUUGGUGAUUUUAUGUUGGUCUUUGGGUAUUUAUAAAAAAAAGCGAAAGAAAAAAGAGAUAUUUAUCGAAACAAAAAGAAAUAUACUUAGGAUAUAGUGGCUGUGUUUUAGCGUUUAAAAAUCUUUUGGAUGUGGGCGUUUGAACAAAAUCUUAUGUAUGCUGUUGUCGGUAACUAUUUAGACUUGGUAGAUACUUAAUUCCUUUUUUAUACUAAUUUUUGCGCCUAUUAAUUUUCGCGCAGGAUCAAAAAAAGCGAAAAAAGAAUGUGACUGCAACGGUUAGGGAAUCAACUUACUGCGCGAAUUCAAGAAGAAUUAGUAUAAAAAGGGUAAGGUUUUUUAACAUUAACAAUGUUAGUGACUAGCUUUCUAACGGCUUAAUUAGUUUGGAUUAGUGUGCCUAGGCUUGAUUAUUUAUGAUUGUCAUUUUAAGGGAAUUAAUUUUCGCUAAAAUUGAAAUUUGCGAAAUUUUGUGUUUGAUAUAUUUUUUUUUAAAAGUGCACUUCGUGAAAAUUGAUGGUUUUAUAUUUAAAUUUCCAUGCCUUACUUUUUCUGAGCAUGCAUUUGAAUUUAUGAGGAAACUAUUUUAUAUUAAUUUGCGAAAUAAACUUAUUUAAACUCGCGAAAAUUACUACUCGCAAAAAAAUUAUUUCCCUUUUAUUAAUGUGCAUUUUUUAAAUUUUUUGCACUGUCAUACACACAUUGCUAGCUAGCUGUAUAUCGGUUGUAACUUUUGCAAUUUCUGCCAAGCGCGUUCUUUUAAUUGUUUUAAAGACGGUAACAACACGGUGAUGUUUCACUCUUUGAAUUUUUGUAAGCUUUUUCGCCACGACACCUCGAUAUACUAAGAGAGAGGAACUUUUCCAACACUUCGCUUUAGUUUAAAAAGUACAGACAGGUAUAGAGAAAGCAAAUUAUCAAGCCUCAUUUUCACUCAUAGAACAGAACCUGAUUGGUUAGUAAGUUUUUUUGCUUCGCCCUGAUUGGUUGUUCUGAUGAGAAUUAAGCUAAUUGGUUAAAAAUAUUCAGAUAAAAAUGAAAAAUUAGGAAAUUGACCAAUUAAAAGCUAGCACUAUAUCUAUUACGUUCUGUCCGAGUGAAAAUCCGGCUAUAUAACUUAGGCUCCUAAUAUACAAAACAAAUUUUUAUUCUCUUUUUUUAGGAUAUUUUCUUAUUUAGAUUUUAUAAAUAAAGUAUUUUGCUAGAAACUUCACACACGUAAUUGUUUAUUCACAUCUUUUGAAAAGAUAAAAAUGUUUUUUAAUUAACAUAAA